AUGCUGUCCCUGCUCACAACCGUCGUCCUCGCCGGCGCGGCAGCCCUCGCGGCGCCAACAGCAGGCGUCGACAACCACAACCGAUGCACGUCGCAGUCCACAAAGGUCACCGCCUGGACGGUGCACGACUUCGACUUCCACUCGUCCGAGAUGUUCACCACGCCCGCGCACCAAAACUCGUGGGGCUACGUCAACUUCACCCUCUCCAACCCCGUCGUGUCCUACCGCCCCGUCUGCUCCGCCCAGUCCAACCAGCUGAGCGACUUCUUCUACGGCAACUUCAUCUACAACUGCGACGUCCCCGCCGGCAGCGGCGACAAGGCCUCCUUCACCUUUUCCCGCGCCUCCAGCGAGCUCAAGCUCAACCAGACGUGGAACUGCCCCGGCGAGGGCAGCCGCUUCGACGCCCGCGGCGGCGUCAUCCUCAACCUGACGUGCACCACCACCAACUGGCAGAACCCCGACUGGAAGCCCGGCCAAUUUUACUCGUCGCGCAACGUCGACUGCCACAAGGUCACCGUCAAGGCGCCCAUCAAGGAGAUGAGUGGCGUCGCCUAG